AAAGGGCAGUUGCACAGUAAGUAAUUUAUGCGUGGUCAGCCUUGACUCUAUGGAUUUACUCUUUCAUUUUCCUCUAUAAUGUCAUCCGUCCCCACCAAGGAAUCCCCAGCCCCAGAUGUCGGGUGAGGAGAGGCUGAAACUUGUGCUCUCUGGAGGAAAGGAGAUGAAGAGGAAGAGCAGCUGAAGGAGCAGCUCUGGUAAAUAGGGUCUUUUGCCUUUUGGAAAAUGCAUUUACCACACUCCUUGGCAAGUCCCUCAGAGAGAACAGAAAGUGUUUGCUUCCAGACAUGAACACAUCCUCUCAACUGUAUGUUUCUGAACUAAACCUGAGUGCCUUUGGCAGCAACUUUACUGUGCCUACUGUCAAGAGCAAGUCGUCACCAUGUGAGCAAGUGGUCAUUGCAGCUGAGGUGUUCCUAACCCUGGGCAUUGUAAGCCUCCUUGAAAAUAUCUUAGUGAUAUGUGCAAUAGUUAAGAACAAGAACUUGCAUUCACCCAUGUAUUUUUUUGUUUGCAGUUUAGCAGUGGCUGACAUGCUGGUUAGUGUGUCUAAUGCUUGGGAGACCAUAACAAUAUACUUAAUAAACAAUAGGCACAUAAUUAUGGAAGAUGCCUUCAUCCGUCAUAUAGACAAUGUCUUUGAUUCAUUGAUCUGCAUAUCUGUGGUGGCUUCCAUGUGCAGUUUGCUGGCGAUAGCAGUAGACAGAUAUAUCACUAUCUUCUAUGCCCUGCGUUACCACAACAUCAUGACAGUGAAAAGAUCAGGGCUUAUCAUUGCAUGCAUUUGGACCUUUUGCACAGGCUGUGGCAUUAUCUUCAUUCUUUAUUAUGAAUCAACUUAUGUUAUAAUUUGCCUCAUUACUAUGUUUUUUACCAUGCUGUUCCUCAUGGUCUCACUGUACAUCCAUAUGUUCCUCCUGGCUCGUACUCACGUGAAGAAAAUAGCUGCUUUGCCUGGGUACAACUCUGUCCAUCAAAGAACCAGCAUGAAGGGAGCCAUCACUCUGACCAUGCUUCUCGGCAUCUUCAUUGUUUGCUGGGCUCCAUUCUUCCUCCAUCUCAUCCUGAUGAUCUCCUGCCCUCAAAACCUCUACUGCGUUUGCUUCAUGUCUCACUUCAACAUGUACCUCAUUCUCAUUAUGUGCAACUCAGUGAUUGAUCCCUUGAUCUAUGCCUUUCGUAGCCAGGAAAUGAGGAAGACUUUCAAAGAGAUAAUUUGUUGCUAUAGUCCGAGAAUGGUCUGUGGGUUAUCAAACAAGUAUUAGGAAAACAAAACCAGGGAAGAGAACUGAAACACAGCAUCUUGCAUCACCUUGUUGUUCUGCUGAGAGGCCUAUGGAACAUCUUUCUCUAGCCAGCUGUCAAGAUUUUUGUGGCAAUCAGAAACUGUUGUUUUUUUUUUCAUAUGAUUUGACUUUUCUUUCCCUCCAUGCACCACUCUCAUACUGAUGGUAGGAGCUACUCUGUGCAUCUACACUGAGGGGAGAAAGAAUAUUUUGCAUCUCAUUUACUCUACUGAAGACUCCGGAUCUUACAUGAGGACUGCACAAGGAAGGUGUUAUUAUUUCCCUUUCUGCCAAAUGUGGCGAGCAUGACCUGCUAUGUAAAUAAGCCCAUCAGUGUCCCAAUACAUGUUUCUCUUUAUAUCUUUAUCUCUCUAGAUACAGCGCAACUCAUUUUGAUGCCUAGAAUUAUUUUUUUUUUCUGCUUUCUUCCAAAGGGAUAAAAUCAGAAAAGUAGCUCCAAUUAUCGGGGUUCAUGUACCUCACUCAACAAAGUUAAGGUCAAUAUGUAUGCAUGCAUCAGCAGUCUUCUAUUCUGGUUGUGACGGUUACUGUCAUAAAAUGUGUGGUAUAUAAGAAGAAAACAUUGCAACAAAUUUUCUGGGUUGUCCAUAGUAGGUUGUCAUCUCUGACUGUAUGUGUUCUUAUAACUGCGUCUGCGGGGAGACUUUAAGCCUGAAUACAAAGACUGAGCUAAUUUUAGUUUGUUUUCCUCAUUCCUGGGACUGGGGAAGUAAAGGGCACAUGGCUUCUAGCUAAUGCUGUAAUGUUUUGUUGGGAAGGAAUGAUCGGGUGAGUGGCUGCCUUUAUAUAGGAGCUAGAAAAGCAUUUCAGCUAAGAGCAGCACUUAUUGGAGGAAGCUAUGCUGCAGAUUGCAUUUUUCAAGCUGAGAGAAACAAAACAGGUUUGACAAUCAGGAGAGACAGCAGGCAUUGGCAAAACAGGGAUCUCAAACUCAGGUACGCGCAGCUAUAAUACGGAGUACCAGCGUUUGAUCCCCAAACAAAGUGUUUCUAUCUUUGCUGAGAAGGUUCUGAGAUGAAACCCUCAUGCAUUUUAUGUGAGCAGUUUGCACCUACUCAUGCUCCCAUAAGUGUGCUGUUCCACAACAGCUGUAUAAUGUGCAAAAUAUUGAAUUUGUCACAGAUUAAGGAAGUGCAGUUGUGGGAUUGAUUUCCUGAUGCCAGUGGAUACAUACAAGCUAGGUAAAUAUUUCAAGCAGUGGUACCCUACUGACUAGCUGUCAGAAAAUAAUUUAGAAAAAUGAAUCAUUCCUUCCAAAAAGCUGAAAGAAUAAUGCUUGUUAUACUUGGUCUAGGGAUGCUCUAAUGCUGUUGUUGUCAACAGAAAGAUUAUAAUUGACUUAAUGGACCUUAGAUUAUCCUUCUAAGGUGGAAAGUUCUCGUAAGGUGUUAUGAGCAUUUUUCUUUACCAUAAGGGUGGUCAAACAAGGCAAUAGGUGUCCAGCAUUUGCAUACUGUCCAUCCUUGGAGAUAUUCAGAACUUGAUACAGCUCUGAGCAACCUGCUCUACACUUAAAGCUGACUCUAACCUUGAAGCUGGCCCUGCUCUGAAUGAUUUGGAAGAGAAGACCUCCACAGAUCCCUUCCACCUGAGCUAUUUUGUGAUUCUGUGAGACAGCUUGUGUAUUAUGAUGAAAUGUUCAUUUUUCCCCUCCUAGCUUAACUCAUGUGUAAGAGCUGUAAAAUAUUCUCCGUACACAUUUAAAAGAAUGACAUGCUUUGUAUCUUAAUUUGCUUUGUAGGUCUCUGGCAAGAUAAGUAGGGCAUCUCUUUACCACCAGAGUUAUACAUUCUGUCUGCUGCAGCUUUAAAUAAAUAGUGCCUCCAGAUUGCACGUACCUCCCCCAGAGAAGAGCGGGAAUACUAUUCUCAGUGGAGACACCUUAAAAUGUUGACUGUCAAUAUAAUGGCUACAGUAGUGCAUUUGGCGCUGGGUUCUUCCUUCAGUUUUAUAUAAAAAUGGGAUUUCAGAGGUACAUUUGUGGCUGGUAGUGAGAAUCUUACCUUGUUUCAGUCCACUUCUUAGCCCUGUUCGUAAAUGGGUUUUGGGAAUGGGCUCGUGCUGCUAUGAAUGUAAAUACCAAAAAUGGAACAGCUCAAUUGCAUAGCAAAAGGCACCAGCUGACACUGUAAAUAAAUCAUUAACUCUUCACUGGUUACUGCAAACAAAACAGUCUUGUACAUAACUGUAAAUCAACCAAUAGGAAGCCAAAACUGUAAUGGCUUUGGGUAUUUUCUUGAACUGUACAUUACUUUUUUUUUUGUGUUGGAAGUUUAUUUGAUGUAAAAACACAAACAUAUGAAGAAACUAUUAAACUGGAUUGUUGGAAAACCCACUA